AUGCAUAUUCUGCCCCUUGUAUCCGUUACCUUCAGUCUCUGCGGGCAGCUUCUAGCCGCGCCCAUGAGCAACACCACAUCCAAUGGAUGUGACAUCUCGAACGAAACAAUCCAGCAGCUCCGUGCGCAGCUUAUCCCGCUUGAAUUCGAGCCAUUGGAGAGCGAUGAGGAACAUGGCGAUGCUAUAUCAAUUUCGAAGGUGAACUGCGACUCACGACCUGAAACCGCCCCAUCCGAGUCAUCCGUCUUCUGCCUGAGAGCUAGUUCUGCAGACGACGCCUUGCGGUAUUCGAAUUACGGAACGAAGAUUGCGCCAUUUAUCUCGCAUAUCAGAAACAAGGCCGUGAGAUGCGAUGUUGUCGAAUAUAUGUCCGACAUGGACAUGGACUCAGAGGAUAUCAAGCUGCGCUGUUCGUGCGUUGAUAGUCCACCGAGUGCUAUGGAGCGUCCUUGGGUACCGAAGCUGCUGAUCUUCGCGGUUUUUUGGGUGACCGGCUGUACUAUUCGGAAGGUGUGGGUGGAGAGACGUGCUCGGGGAGCUUCAAAGCAAGCCGUGUCGCGCCCUAAGAUGAGUAUGUCGGAGAAGGCUUCUGUGGUGUCUGUUGAGGACGUGGAGGAUGAGUUUGAUGAUAGUGACUAUCCAAUGGGUUAG